CUGCCAGUGAGAUCGCAGCAGAUGACUGGAAGGACACCGCUGACAGAAGAGCAUCAUCACUUGUACCCUGAACACACCAUGAGGACGCUGAGCUGCACCGUGGGACUCCUGCUGUGCUUCUACUGCUGCACCGCCAUGCCGCGUGCAGUAAACAUGUCACCUGGGUUGUGCUGCUUUCAUUUCUUCACACAAAGGGUGCCGUCUAAACAAAUCGUCUCCAUCAUCGAGACUGACAACGACUGUCCACAAAAGGCAUUUGUGGUCAGAACUGCCAAAGGCAGGGAGAUCUGCGUGGGCCCCAACGUGAACUGGGCUCAGGAAGCCUUCGAGCGGAAGCAAGUCACCGGGGACUAGUGCUCGUCAUUGUGAAUCUCAGCCUGCGGCCGAUAUAUCGCUCUGCAGCUUACUUUCAAACUGCAGUUAACCAUUUCACCCAUUAGCCCUUGUUUUGCAUUAUUCUUCAUAUUUCUAUUUAGCUAAUAGAAUGCAUGCGUUCAAGAA